AUGCGCGUUUUCUUCCCACCCUCCUUCACUUACCAGGCUCCACGCGUCUCCCGCUCCUCAUACGGCCGGCAAUCUUCCUCUCCUAGCAGCGCGGCAGGCAGUGGCCCCUCGUCAUCAUCCCCACCAAGCCCGUGGCAUGCCAUCAUCGCGUCGCUCUCCUCACUGCUCGCGACGCUCAAGGGCAACCAUGUGUCGCCCUUCCUCAUCCGCAAGAUGUUCGCUCAGGUCUUCUCCUUCAUCAACGUUCAGCUUUUCAACAGCUUACUGCUCCGCCGUGAGUGCUGUUCGUUGAGCAACGGGGAGUAUGUGAAGGCGGGGUUGCAAGAGGUGCAGCAGUGGAUGCGAGAGGCGGGGGAGGAGAGCAUGGGGCGCGCGUGGGAGGAGCUGAGGAGUAUCACUCAGGCUGUAGGGUUUCUGGUGCUGCAUCAGAAGCCUAAAAAGAGUCUGGAGGAGAUCGUGACAACUCUCUGUCCGUCUCUCUCAACGCAGCAGCUGUAUCGCAUUGCAACCAUGUACUGGGAUGGCAAGUACGGCACGCACACCGUCAGCACGCAGGUCAUUCAGAUGAUGCGCGCUAGAAUGAGCGAGGAGGCGCGGAGCCCCGCUGCUACCGGCUCGUUUCUGCUGGAUGAUGAUUCGAGUAUCCCCUUUGGUCCAGACGACUUUGCUCGCAGCAUGGAGGGCAUUGACAUUGCAGUGCUGCCGGUGCCGCCUCCCCUCAGAGAUAACCCCGCCUUCCACUUCCUCUCCUCACGCGCUUAA